AUGAGGAACGCCGACAACAUCUUGAACACUAUUAAGUCGAUCCUCUCUGAAGCGUCAAUAUCAGCCUCGCUGAACAGCAGCUUACUGCCACCGACCGUCAUUCAAAUGCCACCGAGGCCCGCCCUCCCCGCACUCUGUGUAGCCAUCAUGAGCGCUGCGUUGUCAGGCUUCGCCUCACCUCGUAUUGCCGUCCACGUAGCGCUCUUACGUCUUCUAAACACCUCCGUUGACCUUUUUCUUGGCUGCACUCACGUCGGUAUUGCUGAUCACUUGGUCUCCUUGGACUUUCUUAACACGUUAAAGCCACCGCCUGGAGAUUUCCUACCCACUCAGAACGUGACACCGGGGUUCGAUGACGUGAUGGAACUGUGGGGCAUAAUGCUUUCAACAUACGCGAGGGAUUGGCGCAGCAACCUGUACUCUAGUGAUGCCCUUGAAGGUCGUCGCCAGCAGAACUUCGAACACUCUCGAUGUGCCUAUGUUGGCCUGCUUCGUGCCCUCUUCCGUCUCCUUUCUGCCCUCUGGACUCCCGAAUCGUGCGCUUUUAUGUUACCCUCAAUUACCUCCUUCGAGCUCUCACUAGGGCUCCUUGACUGCCAUCUCGUCCACUCCGCCGCUACUGCCGCCUCGAAGGCAGACGCUAUCGGCCUGUCCGCCUAUGUGCGUUUUUUAGACCCUGAGAUCUUCCUCCUCCGUAGGCGAUUGGUCGAUUUCUUCCAUGUAACUGCGUCUGCUGUAGCUUUCGUUCGGGGCCUAUAUUCCCUUCAGGAAGUGGAAAAACCUGCACUGGAAGAUUUAAUGAAGCAAGCUAUAAAUGGAUUGGGUGCCGUCGAAUUUUUCUUCGAAAGUUACAUCCCAAAAUUUGUAAAGCUUCUCUCCGAAAUCCCACUGAUCGUGGAGGAGUCAAUCUGUAGUACCUUGAUGUCUCAAGGUAGACCAUAUCUACUAAUGCUUCUUGCUCAUCCCUUGGACGGUGUUCGAAGGGUGACGUAUGCACAGAUUUUGGAUGUUAUUUCAACAAACAUUUCGAUCGACCUGGCAGCAGAUCCAACGUCACACCGCUACAAAAGCCUCACCUUUCUUCUCACUCCUGAAAUUCUCGGCGAAAUUGUCGAAUUCGGUCUGCAAGACUCAGUCCCAGAGAUCGUUUCGUCCGUUCAAACAUGCCUUCGUAUCCUCCUUGAUGCUCACCAGCUCAUUCCACAACCCAUGUGGCUUCUGCUUGUGAAUCUCCUCGUGGAGUCUCCUCACAAAUCCUUUGAACUCAACUGCCUUCUCACUAGCUCUGAUUGGUGCCCUCUUAAGCCUCUUCUGUCUCUCGGAAUAGCUCCACUUACCACCUCCUGUGAUAGUUUGCUUGCGGAGCGUGUUCUAGACGCUUGUCAAGGUGUUAGUGGCUUCGCAGGCAUUCACUCAAUCCCAGUGGCGCCGCUUUUGCCCCUGCUCUAUCUUCCUCUAUCAACAACGCGUCUGAAAGCUGCCGGAUCGAUCGCUCGCAUUCUCAGAACCAAUUUCCAUCCAGCAAAGGAGGUGAUAGAAGUGGUUACUUCGAUAGAAGAGACGCUGGGUGAUCUCCUUUUUGUGGUGUCUGAAGCAAAACCUUCGGUAAAAGAGAUCAUUUCGCAGGACUUUAUCCGUCAUUUGUCCAUGGUGAUGGACGAUUUUGGUGAAUGCGGGACAGCACUCGUCAAUGCGUUGGAACUGGUGACCGACGAGGUGGCUACUGUGGAAGUUCGACGUAGCGCCGGGGAACAGGUUUUGGCGAUCAUCACCUCACCUGUUGGACUAACUUACUGGCAUGAGGUGGGCGGCCCAACCAUAAUUACUGAAUGGAUUUCUACGUUGCCAAGCGCCAUGGGGCAGACUCUGGCUGGCAAGCUUCUCAUCGAACCCGUUGUGCGCAUCCAGUUGGCCAUCGUUCAAUUUGUUGUCACUUAUGACUUCGACUCUCGCGUUCAACUCUAUCUAAAUCAAUCAACCUGUCUUCUUCCCCUCCUCUUCAUUGGGCUCUGCUUUUGGAAGGUGGACGAAAUUCGCCGAUGUGUUUCAGCGAUCAUUGCUCUGGUCAUCUUCACUCCAGCAAUCAGAACUUCCGAUGAAUCCCCCGUGUGUCUGCCACAGGCAAUCACUCGCUCCUUCUGUCUGCCCUUCGUCUGUCCUAUCUACUGCCUCCAAUCGCGCCAUCGCAUUGAACGGCCUGACUUCUCGAAUCUUCUUAACCAUCUCACUAACGCUCGUGCUCUAUUUGUCCCGCCUUCACAGAGGACACGGUUGAUAACAGUGGCGGUGAUUAGAGCUCUUCGUGCUAUUUUGGGUUCCCUCCUUGAAAAGGGUGAUGCUCUGACUAUUGAUCCAAUUCUGAACUGCACAACCACAGAGUCUGUCAUCGUGGAAGCCACGCAACUCUCUAGUGCCAUUCCACGUGUUCUCCAAGGCAUCCGGACGUCUAGCUCUCACGCAGAGGCCUCGAUGCAUAUGAGCCACCUCCAUCUGCUUGCUGUUGUCUUUUGGCGUAGUCCUGCAAGGUCUAUGGUGUGGUGGCACAAGGCGGAUUUGGCCCGCUUCCUCCACGCCCUACCUUCCUGCACUGAUGACUACCGCUUGCUUAUGCAUUGCCUUCAAACAUUGACCAAUUUAGAUUUCAGUCCGCCUUGUUGUAAUCUCCGUACGAUUCCGUCGGUUUCUGGAGCUAAGACUUGGAACUAUGUGAUUUGUUGGAUGCCUUUCGCCGGAUUCCUAUAUAUGCUGCAGAUGUCCAAGUGGAUUUUGGAAGAAAUCAUGACGACUGCCUCACCAUUGGCUUACCUACUGCUCCGUUUCGAUGCGGGAGUUGGUGCCACAGAUAGUGAGCGCCUGAUGGAGGCAAAGCUCACACUUCAUUUUCGCACUCUCCCACGCCUUUUCGACGCCCUUCUUGCUUGCGAGGACUUCCUUGCUGAUAUUGGCGCCGAUACAUUGGAGAGAUCUGCAUCGGUUGUCUCAUCGGACGAGCUUUGCAGGCUAAGCGAUGGGUUUUCGGCUCUGGAUUUCCUUUUCCAAUGGUCUCUCAAGGUCAUAGAACUUCAUGCAAAUUUCCUGAACGAGCACAUCGCCACCCUCCACACAGCCGUCAAAAUCCUUCAGCGCAUUACUUUGAGGACCUCUUGGAUAGCUGGUGUGCAGCAUACCGAUGUCACAUUCGGCGUGCUCUUCCAAAGAACGACUUACCUGAUCAGUUGCAUUUUGGAAGGCGAGAAAUGUGCUCGCCUGCAUAGUGGCAUUCUGUACUCUUCGUUAGCACUCUUGCACAACGCUCUGCUUCUACUGACUUCCGAGUGGCGAGGUUCAAUUUCAUCACUUGACACUUAUUUGAUUUCGCCAUGGCUUUCUCAGCUAACGCAUCAACGCUACAGCACUGAAAUUCGCUGUUUGGCUGUCACACUGCUUGCCCAGGCAGUUUUGUUUGACAAUUUUGAAGAGGAAUCUAUUGACAUUUGGAAUACGGCUUUCUCUCUACUCUUGAACCCUACGGAAUUGCCAAAGGUGCGGGCGGCUGCAGCUCAUUUGCUUGCAAACUUAACCGCUCGCCUUAAAAAGGCUGACCUUUCUGUGGAUUCAGGAAUUUUUGACAGUCCUCUUAUACCUACUUUUGUAGACCAACAAACACAGAUGCGUCUCUUUGGAACUGAUGCAGUUCAAAGAAUGUUGGAAGUGAAUAAUUUCUUUUCGAUAAUGUGUAAAAUGUUAAGAAACUAUUACGCCCUACCAGAACUAUCUGAAGAAACGCCAAAGUUGUGUUUAAAUUUAUGGCAGGACGUUGAAGGUUCUCAGAAUGUGUCUCCUCAACCAAAUCUCUGCUAUUUUUCAACUCCCCUCCUUAUCAGUCGAAUUUGCACUUUCGUUGGAAAUCUCUUUCACGCUCUUCCACCUGACUUUAUUCUCAAAAAUUUCGAAGAAAACCAGCUCUGCGUUGCACUGAUGAGGGUCAUUAAUCCGAAACUGCUAUAUCGUUUGAGUGGAAGUAGAGAGAAUUGUCGUCCAUGCAUCAUGGAGUGUAUGGCGCAACGUCACUCGGCCUCAGCUUUUACACAAAUUCUGCGGCUCUUCCGGCUCUUAUUUUCCAUCAGCCCACAACGGAAGCUCACCUUCUUAUCCGAUCUUCGAUUUCUCACUCUUCUAUCCGCCAGCUUCUCUUGUUUCUCACUUGACUCGGCUGACCUCAGGGAUCUAUGGAAGGAGACAAUGCUCUUUUACAUUGCUCUCCUAGAGCCCGAGACAGAAGGCUCGGCAGACUUUGUGCUGCGUCACGCUCUCCGCCCUUUAGCCUCACAGGUACACCAAUGGGGUCCGCUCAUCGACCAACUGAUCCGUAGGGUGGUCGACCUCAACCGUACUUCUCUCACAGAAGGUGCUGCUUGUAAUGAAGCGUCACGCUUGACGACGUUCAAUCUGCUCUACGUUGCACUCACAUUCCUGUCCGUCGUUUUUUCACGAUGCUUCUCGUACACUUUUGGAAACCAAAAAUGGUCCAAUGCAUCUGGUUCGUCCUCCACCAAUUCACCCUUAGCCGAUCCAGUAUCAUCUGCUUUGAACUCCGUCGCAUCUGGACAAAUUGCUGAGACUCUCAUCAUUCUGAGAACAUCUUUUCCACACCCUAGAAUAGACCUGGAUGGUGUUCUUCUUGACAGUGCAUCCGGCAAUGGUGGUGACCAAGAAAGUCCACACAUGUUCUGGCAAUCGGAGAUCCACAAGCAGGCGGUGCACUCGGCGCUAAAAAUACUAUUUGGCACUUCAUUUGCGGCCAAGAAGGCAGCUCUUGAAGGUGAGAUGAGGAUUAGUUGUUUGGUACUGGACAUCUGGCCACUGGGACUCACCGACAAUCGAGUGAUGCACAACCUUCUCUAUUGUCUCAUCAACCUCUCUGCUGAUUCUUCCUCAGUCUUCAGCGUCAUUUUUACCGCCACCACCCCCGCCAUUUCUUCAUUGUGUGGCGAAGUGUCUCAAACAUCUCCCUGUGCUCAUCCUACCAUCGGUAUGUUUUUUCUCUUCCUCCUUUCACCAUUUUUAUAG